UAAGUAUCAAACUCAUCAAUUUGAUUAAAUUGCUUUCGAUUUCAGAUGUUUGGUUCUGUUACUUCUUAUUUAUUCAUAAUGUUACAAUUUGAUGAGAUCAUUACUUAAGAAUUGUUCACAAUGUACGAACAAAUUUUCAAACCCCUUGACACAAUAUCAAAAAUUUUCGGUACUUAUCAAUCAAAAGUACGUAUAUUCCAAUGUUUGAUAAGUACCACCGGGAUAGUACUACUAUCACUUUACUACUUCUUUUAUAAAUUGACCGAAAUCGUAAGCACGGCUUAUUCUCUGGUAGUACUACGGUACUUUUCACACUUGAUAGCACUAGUACUCAUCGUAAUCAUCAAUUUAUUUCAAUUUGGGGACGUGCAGAACGUGCUAACAAACCUGGAGCUAGUGGACUUAGAAUUGAUAAGGUUAGGUCAAAAUCGAGGCCUUAUCAAAAUAAACAAGAGUCAUAAAAAUUGGGCUAGAAUCCUAACUUUUGUGUUCAAUGUUGGAGCCAAUAUUUGCGGACUCACUUUUAGUGUUUUAUUGAGGAAGCAUCCAGAAAUCAUCCAUUUGAUAGUACUAGGAUACCCUCGGAUAGUACUGUGCAACUUUAGCACGACCUUUUUUGUACUAUCAAUGAUGAUACAAGACCGUUUUACAAUCAUUAACACCGUUUUAAAGAAAAAGAACAAUUUUGAUAGUAGUAUUAUAACACGUCUGGUGCAAGCUCACUCAAACUUGAUCAAGAUUAUUGAUAAAGUCAACACAAUCUUUAACCCCGUCAUUAUCUUCUUCUUUGCUAUUGAUUUUAUACUAAUUGUGGGCGACCUAUAUAUCAUUUCAAGUACUAUCCUGUUCACUAUCACUUCAAACAAUAAAUUUAUGGCAUCUUUGAUAAAAAACUGUCUUUUCUACACCACCGAAUUGAUAUAUUUUACAAUACGUUCGGCAAAACUUUGCCGCGAGGCCAAUCGAACGGUUAAGAUUUUAACAGCACUACCUGUGCCAUUUUCUGAUGAAAAAAAACGCAAUUUGAUUAUUUUUCCAGUCAUGAGGUUGCUCCAAAAUCGUAUUAAAAUCACAGCUUUCGGAUUUUUUAGUUUGGACUACGAACUACUUUUUUCCGUAAGUCUUAAACUAUUGUGAUAAUGGGUACUAGUAGUAUUUUCAGAUGUGUGGUACUGCUUGUUCUUAUUUGUUCAUAAUGUUGCAAAUUAACACCGAAAAUUUGGAGCAAAAAUCGCUAUAGCACAAUUAUCAAAAUAUAUAUCCAAAUUAUCAAUUCAAGUGUUUGGUCACAAUUGUGGCUUGCACCACCUUAGCACUAACUUUAAGCUCAAAUUUGCAUGCUGAACAUGAUUUUGAUAACAUGGUACUACUAUCAAUCGUGUUAGCAAAUUUUUACGAUACUGUAAUUGACGAAAUUGGAACUAACAACACUAUUAUUUUUACACUUAAUUGUAUAUUUGCAGUAUUUGUGCAUAAAGCUCCAGUUGGGAUUGAAGGAUCAAUAACCAAUUAAUUACCAUAAAAGCUGCAUUCAUUACUUACUACCUAAUUGCAUAACCCACAUUUUGUCUAGUUAUCAAUAAAAUAAUGAUAAAGCUAACAACCAAAGAAUUUUUUGCUCUACUAUGGUCCCUAUCAAAAUUUUUCGGCAUGACCCCGGUCUACAUCAAGCGAAAAAAACUAAUUUUCACUAAAUUAUCAAUAUUUUGUUGUUUGACAUGGCUCACAAUUUGUGUCACAAGUCUACUGAUGUUCUACAACCAAAUGUCAAACACCAUCAGUCAUGAUUUUGUCAAAAUGAAGUCAAUUCGAGUGGUUUUAGCCAUUCAUUCCGCCGGAAUGUUUGUUUUAAUGGUUUUGAUAAUAGUUUUCGUGUUCAUAAAUUGGGCGAAAGUACGUCAUCAGGUCACACAGCUGGUACUAAUUGAUUCCGAAUUAAAAAAACACUAUCAAAUUCACAACGAAACCAAAUUGAUAUUGGUACUAGCGCUCGAAUUGGUCGUUUUCAACAUUUUGAGUGGGGUUUACAUGGCGGCGAUUAAACCUAACAAUCGGGUGGUUUUUUUCGUUAUUAUAACCCUUCCUAGGAUUGUAGUCAGCCAUAUGUUUGUGAUUUUUACUACCAUUGUGGUAGUACUAUAUCAAAAUUUCAAAAUUGUUAAUAGUAUGGUCACAAGUGACCCAAGUCGUAUCAGACAUGUGUUACUACUACAUAAAAGCUUGACUAGGAUUGGUACCACUAUCAAUUCGUUGUUUUCACUUCAGUUGUUGGUUUUUAUCACAAUUAAUUUUGUGGUACUUUUGGGCGAUUUGUACGUCACUUUGUACAUAAUUCUGACAAACAAUCAGGCAAAGUAUUGUACGACUUUGAUUGGACUUAUCAAAAACUGUGUCAUUGUGAUAUUCGAACUGUACUACUUAUCACACGUUUGUCAGAAUGUUAGUACCGAGGCAAAUCGAACCAAAUUCAUACUUGUGAGUACGAGAAUUGAUAUCAGUGAUGAAAAGAAAAGGAAUUUGGUAAUUGGGAACAUUUUGCGCUUGAUGCACCGCCGUUUCGAGAUCACAGCACUCAGAUUGUUUACGAUUGAUAACAAGUUGUUGUUUGGGAUUUUUGGGUCCGUUGCGUCUUAUCUCUUCAUUGUGCUGCAGUUGGAGGUAGUGCCAACAUAAUGAGCGGUUGUAGUACUAGUACUAGUACUAAUAUCAAUACCAAAUUGUUUUGGCUUUAUUGAAGACGAAUUUUGGCAAUAACUCGAAAAGUAUUGAUCGUACGUAAAAAAUAAAAACAAAUUUGGAAUCCUGAGACGAUUUUCCGUUAGACGAAAUAAGAUUCAGGUUAAGAUGGUUACUAGAAUUGCCCAAGAAUUAGCAUUUUCCAGUUAAUUCCGAUUUUGAGAAAAAAAAAUUAAUAAAAUAUAUAUUUCUGGUUAUUUUUCGAGCAAUAGUUAUCAAAUUUGGUGUCGUAACGUAAAAUGAUUGUUUUA